CAGAAGAAGUCUUAUAUUAUAAAAAUGGUCAACACUUUCCAAAUCGCCUCAAUCGCUGCUGUCGCUGCUACCGCCUUCGCUUACAAGUCAGAGAAGUACGAAGUUGGCUCAUGUAACACUGGCAAGAUCCACUGUUGCUCAACCGACAAGGACGUCCAAGAAAGCACCGGCAAGAACGACGCUCUCAUCUCAACUGGUGACGUUAUCUCACAACUUUCCCUCAACUGUGACCAAGUUCCAUUGCUCAUUGGUGUUGCUAUCGAAGACGAGUGCAAGAACACUCCAGCAUGUUGUGAAGAUGUUUCAGGUGGUACCCUCUCAUGUAGCCCACUCUCUCUCAUCUAAGCUCGGGUAAAGUGUAUUUGUUAAUCACAUUCCUUAAACAAGCGUAGAUGAUAUAAUAAUUUAAAACUUUUUGUGUAAUUAUAUACACC